CAGAGAACAAAAAAUAGUUAUAAAGACGAUCAUGAUCGCUAACCCUGCAACGAUGUAGACAAGUAUCACAGUGUCACUGCUCAUACUACUCAAAAUGGACCCGGUUUGACUAGCCACUGAAAAAGAACUAUUGAAUUUCUCGAUUUUGACAGCCACCGGUAAGGAGCCAAGUGCAAAAUCCGUUCCAGUUUCACUAGCCACCAGAAAGCAAUCCAUGCAAUCCAGAUUCAGGAGGGGGACGAUCGACCUCAAUAGUGAUGCAGGAGAAAUCCAGAUUCAUGAUUGAUGAAGAAGUUGCUAAAAAUCUUUUAUUAUCACUCAAGAACAUCCGACCGAUGAUGGUAAAAAAUAUACAUCUGGCAAUCGACAAUUCACCAUCGAAAAUAACAUCUCUAGACAAUGUUAGAAAGUAAACAUAUAGAUAGAAUUGAAAGUAGUGAUUAAAUGAAUUUUUUUUCAUCAUCGGAGCCAAAAGAAUUGAAGGAAGAGAAGAAAAGAAGAGGAGACUAGGGUUUCCCCUCCGCUCCUACCACACGCAGAAGUUUUUUUUUCCAAUACUAACCAAUUUCAAUUUUUUAAAAAUAAUUUUAAAAAAUAUUGAUUUUUUGUGUGAAAUAAAAAUAAAAUUGGAAUUAAAAAUUUUCAAGUUUUACUCAUAGACAAAAAUAAAUGAAUUUAAAAGUUACUCCCUCCGUUCCGCUAGAAUGUUUCCGUAAACGGUUUACGAUGUUUGACUGAUGAUAAAACAACUUAAUCCCUAUUCACCCUCUAAUUAUUUUUAGUAAAUAAAAUUUGCAUAUUAAGAAACUACAUUAAAACCGCUACAAAACCUGAUAAAACAUGUAAAUUUGAUUUUAAAAAAUUGAUAUAAAAAAUAAAUGAUUAAAAAUGAUUUAAGUUGGCCAUGUGAAUAGUGGACGAGAAUCUUUUUGAAAGCACAACAAUUAUAAUUGCACCCCAAACCUCAUGACUCAUGUAACGCGCCAGUGAAAAUCAGUUUAAAGAAGGAUAAAAGUUUAAGAAGGAUAAAGUAUAAAUAGAAGAAGACAUAUUGAAGUAUACUUAGCCGUUUUUGUUUUACAGGUUAUGCACUGUGUUUUGAAGUUUCCCAAGCUUAAAGCUUACAGAGGUCGGGCCAUCCAGGCAUCUGUUUUCUUCAAUCACAGAAGUAGGUUCUUCCUUUCAAAGCUCCCAUUCCUUUUCUUUUGCAAAAAUGCCCGAUACGCGUACGGUUGAUACAACUGAAGGAUCAAAUACGUUAUCUGAUGCAUUGAUUGGGAAGCUUGCUGCAUACUGCAACCAGAGGGAUCUCCCGAGAGCCAUGAAUGCCCUUUAUGAGAUGGAGAAACACAAGAUAUGGGCCAAUGCUAUCAUUUAUUCCGAGCUUAUAAAAUGCUGUGUCGCCCAACACGCUGUAGAACACGGCAAACACGUUCACAGGCACGUUUUUUCCAAUGGAUAUCAGCCGAAGACCUUCUUACUCAACAUACUCCUGAACAUGUAUGUGAAAUUCAACAUGUUGGGUGAAGCACAGGCUCUGUUCGACAAAAUGCCAGAGAGAAAUGUCGUUGCUUGGACUACAAUCAUAUCGGCGUACUCUACUUCCAACCUCAAUUCCCAGGCUUUCAAGCUGUUGAUCCUCAUGCUAAGGAAUGGAGUCCAACCCAAUAUGUAUACUUACUCCUCUGUUCUCAGAUCAUGCGAUUCCAUCUCUAACCUCACGCCUCUCCAAUGCAGUAUCGUUAAGGUGGGGUUGGACUCUGAUGUCUUUGUCCGCAGUGCUCUUAUUGACGUCUACGCCAAAAUCGGCCAACCAGAGAGUGCACUUGUCGUCUUCAAUGAAAUGCAAACACACGAUCGGGUGGUUUGGAACUCUAUAAUAGGAGGAUUUGCUCAAAACAGUGACGGGUAUGAAGCCUUGACUCUCUACAUGAGAAUGAAACGAGCUGGUUUUCCAGCUGACCAGUCAACCCUAACCAGUGGUCUUAGAGCAUGUACCAGUUUGGCGCUUUUAGAGGUCGGCAGGCAAUUCCACGUUCAGGUUUUCAAGUUCCACCAAGACAUGAUACUUCAUAAUGCACUUCUUGACAUGUAUUGUAAGUGUGGCAGCGUGGAUGAUGCUAACCGUACUUUUACUAGGAUGGUGGAGAAGGACGUCAUCUCUUGGAGCACAAUGAUUAUGGGGUUAGCCUCAAAUGGUUUUAGCAAAAAAGCACUUGAUCUAUUUCAGGAAAUGAAGAGGUCUAGGGGGAUGGUACCAAAUCGUGUAACCGUCCUUGGGGUUCUAUUUGCUUGCAGCCAUGCCGGAAUGGUAGAAGAUGGGCAGUAUUACUUCCGCUCAAUGAAGAAGCUUUUCGGAGUUGAUCCAGGAAGAGAACACUAUGGUUGCAUGGUUGAUCUUCUGGGAAGAGCUGGUAAACUAGAGGAAGCCGUGGAGUUAAUUCAUGAAAUGGAAUGUGAACCGGAUACUGUGAUAUGGAGAACGUUGCUUGGUGCUUGCAGGUUACAUCGAAACAUGGAUUUGGCUGAAUAUGCUGUGAAACAAAUAAUUAACAUAGACCCUUCUGAUGCCGGGACCUACAUACUGCUUUCUAAUAUCUAUGCACGGACACAAAAGUGGGAAGAGGCUUCAAAGGUGAGAAGAGACAUGAGGAGCCAAGGAGUGAAGAAAGAACCGGGAUGUAGUUGGAUUGAAGUGAAUAAGCAGAUUCACGCCUUCAUUAUGGGAGACAAGUCACACCCACAGAUAAAUAACAUUGAAGAAGAGCUUAAUCAGAUAAUUCAGAGAUUGAAAGAAACAGGUUAUGUUCCUGAUACCAACUUUGUCCUGCAAGAUCUUGAAGGCGAACAGAUGGAGGAUUCACUUCUUUGUCACAGUGAAAAGCUUGCAAUCGCGUUUGGCUUAAUGAGCUUGCCGAAAGAAAAGACAAUCAGAAUCAGAAAGAACCUCAGGAUUUGUGGAGACUGUCAUUUAUUUGCAAAGCUAUUGACGAAGUUGGAGAAUCGAACCAUUGUCAUCAGAGAUCCAAUCCGCUACCAUCAUUUUCAGGACGGCGUUUGUUCUUGCAGUGACUACUGGUAGCAGAGAGUGUCUGGCUAGAAGACCCUUGGCAAAAAGGAAGUGUAUCUUCUUGCGGAUCUGCUAUUGAACAUCUUCGAAUGCUCUAAAUGAAGAUUGGAUGGGUGAUACCUCUGUUACUAGCCUAGCUAAAAAGCAUUACUUUCGUGUAUUUACGUUCUUCAAUUCACAUCCACUUGAUUUCUAUAAAUGCCUCAAGGGCACAGAACUGGGAUGAUUCUGCCCUACAAAAAGAAUGACUAAGGAGAGUUGUGUCUGAAGA